UAAUCUAAAGUUUCAUCAUUUCUCAAAAAUUCAAUUCCCCUCUUCAUGUUUUUUUUAUCUGAGCUUCAUAAAGAUUCUGUCUUUCAAGAUUUCUGCUUCUUGAUUGAGAUUGGUUUUUUCUGUGUGUUUGCUUUACCUGUUUGUGGGGUUUUAUUAUAAAUCUUUUAUAGUCUUUAAUUAGGUCUGCGUAUAUCUUGCCACAAAGAUUCUUUUAUGUUUGUGAGCUUAUCAAGGCUAAGAUAUAUUUGGAUUUCAGUUGCGUUUAUAUGAUUUUUAUUGGAAACUAUGGGAAGUGAAGGAAAUUUAGUUCAAUUGGGUGAUGGGGAAGUUUAUGUCAUGAAAGUGGAUGGGAAUUGUGCUAAGAUGGAAUCAGAGGAUAUUGUCGAACAGCCACUGCCAUCAGCGAUUCCUGUUUCUCCUGAUGUGCAGAAUGUGGGUAUGAACUUAUCUUCAGAAUUUACGUCACCAAAGACUGUGCUUACUUUGCCAGCUGUUGAUUCUCGUCAAAAAAGUAAUGCUGGUCGUUCCCCAGAUGCAGGUAGCCCCUGCACCCCUAAGGAAUUUGACCCUUUUGCACCUGGUCUUGAUGACUUUAUGCUGGCUCCACGUAGUAGUAAAUACUUGCAAGAACCAAGGAGUAGUGCUGCUCGGAGCCUUAACUUUGGUCCUUCUAUGAAGGUUGCUAGUGACGGAAACUGUGGAAGUGAUGCGGAGGCCAUCUCAGAGGAAGGAAAGUUAUUGAAAAUGUUGUAUGAUGAUUUACUGGAAGUCAUUGUUUCGACACAAGAUGCCACAAUCCAUCAAGAGACAUCUCUAGACGAGGUAUUAGUUAAACAUGCAGUACUCGAUCAAUUUAAGACCCCUGAACGUCUUCUCACUGGAGUUGCUAGUGAAUGCCCUCCUGCUCCGCUGAAGUUUGGACGUAAAUUUACCAACAUUGACAGAGGAUUAUGCAGGAAGCUUAACUUUUAAUAUUGAUCUUGCCAGGAGUUGGUUUUUUGAUUUUUGAAGCCCACUGGAUGCCACUUAUCUGUCACAGCACUGUCAACCAACUCACCGAUCAUGAAGUACUUUGAUCUAGAUGCUGGGAUGGUUCCCUGUAGUUUUUUUAUAUUAAUUUAGCUCCCGUUGAUUAUGAUUUUUCACUGUUGAUUGAACUUGUUAUGGCAGGUAGCAGUUCUUUCGGUUUAAUUUUGUACUCUAGAGUCUAGUCUUGACAUUGUAUAGUGAGCUUAGCAGGAGUUGAGCAACUAAUGGUUUCUUGAUCAGCUAUGUCUCUCGAUUCAUCUUUGAUCUGUAGUUACCAAUGGAUGAUUUACAAGAUUUUCAUUCUUUUGUAUUGUC